AUGCUAACCAAGUUUGAAACCAAAUCAGCCCGUGUUAAAGGGCUCAGUUUCCACCCGAAAAGACCAUGGGUUCUGGCGAGUCUGCACAACGGGGUCAUCCAGCUGUGGGACUACCGUAUGUGCACGCUGAUCGACAAGUUCGACGAGCACGACGGACCCGUCAGAGGAAUCGACUUCCAUAAACAGCAGCCUCUUUUUGUGUCAGGGGGUGAUGACUACAAGAUUAAGGUGUGGAACUACAAGCUGAGACGCUGCCUCUUCACUCUGCUGGGACAUUUGGACUACAUCCGGACCACAUUCUUUCAUCAUGAGUAUCCGUGGAUCCUCAGUGCGUCGGACGAUCAGACCAUCCGCAUCUGGAACUGGCAGUCCAGGACCUGCGUCUGCGUUCUGACGGGACACAACCAUUAUGUGAUGUGCGCUCAGUUCCACCCGGCCGAGGACCUGGUGGUGUCUGCGUCUCUGGACCAGACCGUGCGCGUGUGGGAUAUCUCUGGUUUGAGGAAGAAGAACCUGUCUCCUGGAGCCGUGGAGACCGAAGUGCGAGGCAUCUCUGGAGUGGAUCUGUUCGGGGCCUCGGACGCCGUGGUCAAACACGUGCUGGAGGGCCAUGACCGCGGAGUCAACUGGGCCGCCUUCCAUCCCACAAUGCCUCUGAUCGUGUCUGGGGCUGACGACAGACAGGUCAAAAUCUGGAGGAUGAACGAGUCCAAGGCCUGGGAGCUGGACACCUGCCGCGGUCACUACAACAACGUGUCGUGUGCCGUCUUCCACCCCCGACAGGAGCUCAUCCUGUCCAACUCUGAGGACAAGAGCAUCCGGGUCUGGGACAUGUCCAAACGCACCGGGGUCCAGACCUUCAGGAGGGACCACGACCGCUUCUGGGUCCUGGGGGCGCAUCCCAACCUCAACCUGUUCGCCGCCGGUCACGACAGUGGGAUGAUCGUGUUCAAACUGGAGCGAGAGCGUCCAGCGUACGCAGUCUACGGAAACAUGUUGUACUACGUCAAAGAGAGAUUCCUCCGACAGCUCGACUUCAACAGCAGCAAAGACACAGCCGUCAUGCAGCUGCGCAGCGGCUCCAAGUUCCCCGUGUUCAGCAUGUCGUACAAUCCUGCAGAGAACGCCGUCCUCCUCUGUACCAGGGCGACAAACCUGGAGAACAGCACCUACGACCUGUACUCCAUCCCCAAAGAAAGUGACUCUCAAAACCCAGACGCUCCGGAGGGGAAGAGGUCCUCGGGUCUCACUGCUGUGUGGGUUGCCAGGAACAGGUUUGCGGUCCUGGAUCGAAUGCACUCACUGCUGAUAAAGAACCUGAAGAACGAGAUUGUGAAGAAGGUGCAGGUCCCGUCGUGUGAGGAGAUCUUUUACGCUGGCACCGGUUCUCUGCUGCUCCGUGACGCCGACGGUGUCACGCUGUUCGACGUCCAACAGAAACGCUCUCUCGCCACCGUGAAGAUCGCCAAAGUCAAAUAUGUGGUGUGGAGCGCCGACACCAGCCAUGUGGCCCUGCUCGCCAAACACGCGAUCAUGAUCUGUAACCGGAAACUGGAGUCUCUGUGCAACAUCCACGAGAACAUCAGAGUGAAGAGCGGCGCCUGGGACGAGAGCGGCGUCUUCAUCUACACCACCUCCAACCACAUCAAAUACGCCCUGAUCUCUGGGGACCAUGGAAUAAUCCGGACCCUGGACUUGCCGAUCUACGUGACCAGAGUCCGAGGGAACAGUGUUUACUGUUUGGACCGAGAGUGUCGCCCCAGAGUCCUCACCAUCGACCCCACGGAGUACCGCUUCAAACUGGCUCUGGUCAACCGCAAAUACGACGAGGUUCUCCACAUGGUACGUAAUGCCAAACUGGUGGGACAGUCCAUCAUCGCGUACCUGCAGAAGAAGGGGUACCCUGAGGUCGCUCUGCACUUUGUCAAGGACGAGAAAACUCGCUUCAGUCUCGCUCUGGAGUGCGGCAACAUCGAGGUGGCGCUGGAGGCCGCCAAAGCCCUGGACGAGCGGUCGUGCUGGGAGCGUCUGGGGGAGGCGGCGCUGCUCCAGGGGCAUCAUCAGGUGGUGGAGAUGUGUUACCAGAGGACCAAGAACUUUGACAAGCUCACCUUCCUCUACCUCAUCACUGGGAACCUGGCCAAGCUGCGCAAGAUGAUGAAGAUCGCUGAGAUCCGGAAGGACAUGAGUGGACACUACCAGGCCGCUCUGUAUCUGGGAGACGUCAGCGAGAGAGUGCGGAUCCUCAAAAACUGUGGGCAAAAGUCCUUGGCGUAUCUGACGGCGGCCACUCACGGUCUGGACGAAGAGGCCGAGGCGCUGAAGGAGACGUUCGACCCCGAGAAGGAGACGAUCCCGGAGGUGGACCCUAAGGCGGAGCUGCUGCAGCCGUCUCCUCCCAUCAACCCCCUGGACACCAACUGGCCUCUGCUCACCGUCUCCAAGGGCUUCUUCGAGGGCGCCAUCGCUGCCAAGGGUAAAGCGGGGCAGAUGGCGGCGGAGAUGGACAUGGAGGCUCCUGGAGGUGAGGGCUGGGGGGAGGACGCAGAGCUGCAGCUGGACGAAGACGGGUUCAUGGACGCACAGGAGGCGUUUGGAGAAGAAGGGGGCGUGGCCAAGGACGAGGGCGGAGGAGGAGGAUGGGAGGUGGAGGAGGACCUGGACCUGCCUCCAGAACUGGACGUGCCGGCAGCUGCAGGAGGAGCAGCUGAGGAUGGGUUCUUUGUUCCUCCGACUAAAGGCACGAGUCCUGCACAGAUGUGGUGCAACAACUCCCAGCUGCCUGUGGACCACAUCCUGGCCGGAUCCUACGAGACCGCCAUGAGGCUGCUGCACGACCAGGUGGGCGUGGUGGACUUUGCUCCAUACAAGUCCCUCUUCAUGCAGACUUUGUCCAGAGGUCGCACCUGCUUCCUGGGGCUGCCCUCUCUGCCCUGUCUGCGAGGCCACCCCCAGAGGAACUGGAAGGACUGUGGUCUGAAGCAGGGUCUUCCCGCGGUGGGAGUGCGUCUCUCUGACCUGAUCUCGCGGCUGCAGCAGUGCUACCAGCUGACCACCGCGGGGCGCUUCGAGGAGGCGGUGGAGCGCUUCCGGGUCAUUCUACUGUCGGUGCCUCUGCUGGUGGUGGACAACAAGCAGGAGAUUGCUGAGGCUCAGCAGCUCAUCACCAUCUGCAGAGAGUACAUCGUGGGUCUGACCAUGGAGACCGAGAGGAAGAAGCUGCCCAAAGACACUCUGGACCAGCAGAAGCGUCUCUGUGAGAUGGCGGCGUACUUCACCCACUGUAACCUGCAGCCGGUCCACAUGUUGCUGGUGCUGAGGACGGCUCUCAAUCUGUUCUUCAAACUCAAAAACUUCAAAACGGCCGCAGGAUUCGCCCGACGCCUCCUGGAGCUGGGCCCAAAGCCGGACGUAGCGCAGCAGAGGUCGCCAGAUAAGGCCAUGAGUGGAAGCAAGACGACUCUGGAGGAUCUGCCCAUCGUCAUCGGAGAAGAUAUAAAGUGUCUUCUCAGAUCCUUCUGGGACAAACUUCGAGCUCAGGACAUCACUGAGCAGGAGGCCAAGGCCAAGAUGGAGGACAUGUUCAUGGAUCUGAUCCGUGUGUCGGCCAAUGAGGUCCUCAGGGCGCUGGUGACCGGGAAGUGCCUUUAUGAGUGUUCCCCUGGUGAGGUGCAGGUGUCGCACACAGGAGUCAGAGCUUCUCUCAGCCCCAUCUUCAGAACCUUCCUGAAAACCAAGUCCACAGAUGAGUUCGUCGCCCUGGACCGAGUCAUCAAACUCCUCAGUGCAGAAGUGACUAAGACGGUCAACUCUGUGCUGAAGGACAACUGUGGCUUUGAGCGUCUGCUGCUGGUGGAGCAGAAGGACUGCUCCACAGCACGGAGCACUCUGCACCACAUCGCUGCUCAGGCUUCUAUGUUCCUGCCCCACAUGACCUUCUCCGACCAGUGGGACCGACUCAUACAGGCCGAGAUCUCCAAAGGUCUCACUGAGAGCCACCUGAAAACAGAGGUGCUGGAAGUGGAGACGUCCAUCGAAGCGACUGAAGAGUCAGAACAGGAGAGAGCGAGGACAGAGGUCAGUGAGAGAAACCCUUCCCCGGGUCGAGCUCAUGUCUCUGCAGAACCUCUGAUGGAGCAGAUGGAGGUGAAGCAGGAGGAGUGGGACAUUCUUUCAUUUGGAGAAGUCCUGAUGCAGAGACACUCCCCUGGGGUCCCCCAAGAGGAGGCCGAGACCCGUGAGGCCGAGACCCGUGAGGCCGAGACCCGUGAGGCCGAGACCCGUGAGGCCGAGACCCGUGAGGCCGAGACCCGUGAGGCCGAGACCCGUGAGGCCGAGACCCGUGAGGCCGAGACCCGUGAGGCCGAGACCCGUGAGGCCGAGACCCGUGAGGCCGAGACCCGUGAGGCCGAGACCCGUGAGGCCGAGACCCGUGAGGCCGAGACCCGUGAGGCCGAGACCCGUGAGGCCGAGACCCGUGAGGCCGAGACCCGUGAGGCCGAGACCCGUGAGGCCGAGACCCGUGAGGCCGAGACCCGUGAGGCCGAGACCCGUGAGGCCGAGACUCGUGAGACCGAGCAGACCUCGUCGUGUGAACCGCCACAGAACCAGGAACCAGCUCAGAGGUCUUUGACCAAACCAAAGGAGAAGAAGAAGAGAAAGCAGAGACCGGCCCAGGACCUGCAGAGUGGGCUUGAAGUGACCAAGACCCUAGUUGAAAGAUUUUCCAUGAGUGAUUCAGAAAAGUCUCCCCGUGUUGCUCCUGCACAGGUGACUUCAUCCAUCAGCGAGUCUCAGCAGGUGAAAACCAUCAGGUAUAACUCUGAUGCCCUGGUCCUGAUCCCAGACCAGACCUCACAGACUGAGGAGGACCAGACCCCAAUGAAGAGCAUCUCCAUGAGCGAGCGAGAAAGGUCUCCCAUAAAGACCAGAUACUCUCCCUCUGAAACCCCGCUCAGGCCUCUGCAGCUGGUCCCAGACCAGGUCCCAGACCAGGCCUCAGGUCUCAUCAGGAAGAACCAUGAGGUCUCCUCUCAGUGGGAGACCAGUCAGAUCCAGGAUCUACCGUGGGGGGUGUCCAGACAUAUUCUCCAGGACAAAGACCUGUCUCCGACACAUCCUCUGGUGACGAAGCUGUCUCAGCGACUGGAGGAACAAAUGUGGGAGUGGAGGAUAAAGGAGAGUCCGGACUGCAUCAAAAGAAUCACUUGUGACGUUUACAAAGAGCUGUGGUCAGGAAACAAGAAGACAUGGGUCCACUUUGCUGCUUUGAUCCAAGAAGGUUUCAGCGACUGCAUCAUCUCAGAGAUCCACAACCGCCUGGUUGGACCCAAGAAGAAGAGGAGCAGACUGAGCUCCUUCUUCCACUCAAUUCGUAAGAUCCUGGCUGCGUGUGAGAAGAACCUGACAGACGCACACCAGCUGAACUACGACUCCCACAAUCCCUUUGACCUGUGCGCCGCCUCGUACGUGCCCCUGUACCGCGGGCGUCCCGUUGAGAAGUGCCCUCUGUCCGGAGCCUGCUACUGCCCCCCCUACAAGGGCCAGGUCUGCAGGGUCACCCAGGUGACGGAGAUCGGCAAAGAUGUGAUCGGUCUGCGCGUGAGUCCGCUGCAGUUUCGUUAA